GCGAAUGGCAGGAAAAGACGGCUGGAGUUGGGAGGGGAGGGCGCUGUCAGUUCAGAGGAGAAGCCGCUGCAACAGCCACCCUCCAGCGCCAUGCUGCUGCUUUCUUUUCUCGCUGCAUGCCUGCUCAUUUCCUCCUGGGCUCCGCGUGUCUCCUCUCCUGUCUCCUCCUUAGUUUAACACAGAGCUCUCCAGUUGGGUACCGUGACAAAACUUCACACAACACACCACCACGCCUCCUCUUUGAUUCUGGAAUAAGUCACAUUGAGAUCAGUGUGACUCCCCCAGAGCCAAGAGCUCGGGUUGAGCAUUCUUCCAUGCCUGAAGGCUUCCUUCUUGGGGAUGUGAAAGGUGAAGCCAAGAACAGCAUUACUGACUCUCAGAUGGAUGAUGUUGAAGUUAUUUAUACGAUUGAUAUACAAAAACACAUUCCAUGCUACCAACCCUUCAGUUUUUACAAUUCAGUUGGAGAAUUAAAUGAGCCAGCACUGAAGAAAAUAUUGUCAGGAUGCAAGAAGAAUGUGGUAGGCUGGUAUAAGCUGAGGCGUAAUACUGACCAAAUGAUGACUUUCAGAGAGCAACUUCUUCAUAGGCAUUUACAGUUACACUUGUCAAAUCAGGGCCUUGUGUUUCUGUUAUUAACUUCCAGUGUUACCUCUUCAAGUUCAUCUACUUACAAACUUGAAUAUGCCUUGCAUAAACCACAAGAAGGUCUUUUCCAGAAGGUUCCUCUUGUUGUUGCCAAUUUGGGAAUGGCAGAACAGCAAGGUUACCGAACUGUGUCUGGCUCUUGUAUUUCUUCUGGCUUUUGCAGAGCAAUUGCAGAACACAGGUCAGAAUUUUUCAAUGAAGAUGGGUCUCUAAAAGAGGUUCAUAAGAUUAAUGAAAUGUAUGCUACUUUGCAAGAAGAACUGAAGAAUUUAUGCAGUAAAGUAGUGGAUAGUGAAAGAUCGGUAGAGAAUCUGCUAGCAGAAGUAGAUCAACUAAGACAAGAAGCAAGGAAGAAGAAAGAACAGAUACAAACUACAGAAAAGAACAAAAAUCACUCAGAUGCACCAAAAGAGAAUAUUUUCCUUUGUCAAGCUUUGCAACACCUCUUCCCAAAUUCCGGACUGCAGACAAGCGUUGUUACUUUAAAAGGAAGGCAGAUUUCCAAGCACUGCUGCAACAUUGACCAUAAUAUCUGUGUAAUGGACCAGCUAACUUUAAUGCUUAAAGAUAGUGAUUUUCAUGAAGCUGAAACAAGGCAGGUUAUUAAACGAAAAGCUACUGUGAGUACGACAGGACCAAAGCCAUUCAAAAGGCUACGAUCCUUGCAACUACGACGAAAGCUACUUCAAGCCGACCAAGAGGAGGAUGACCAAGAAUUUGCAAAGCUUGACAGCGUUUCAGUCAGUAACACUGAAACUGAUGAGAAUAUAGUGGAGAUUCGACAUGUGCCCAAUGGGCAAUUUAUAUAUCAAGAACUAUGAAAUACAGCUUUCUGCUACUGUAUAAGAUACAGAAGCUUGAUGAUAUUUAAAGUUUGGAACAGGCGUUCUUCCCUUCUCUCUUGGUAUCUGCACUCUUUCCAAGCCUGAUUCUCGGUUUGCUAUGCUAAUUAAUAAGUAUUUGUAUUUCUUGCCAUUCUUGUAAUAGUUAUAUAAGGAUUGCAGACAAACAUUAUAAUUUCAUAAGCUUCUUGCAAAGUGUCCUUAAUGUUUACAACUGACCUGAUAAUUAUUCUUAAAUAAACUGAAAACUUUUUCCAAUUAUA